CAUGUUUCAGAACUAACAGUUGAAAGUUGUGUUGUUUCUCAAGAGAUGAUAAAAGAAACGUUCAAUUUUAAGGAAAGGAUCGCUGGAAUAAGAGACGUCUUAGCCCGUGAUCACAUGAAAGUGGUUUUUUUUGGAAGAACAAGCAAUGGAAAGAGCUCAGUGAUUAAUGCUCUUCUACAAGACAAGAUCUUACCUAGUGGCCUUGGUCAUACUACAAAUUGUUUCUUGCAAGUUGAAGGAGCUGAUACUCCUGAACCUUACCUUCUUACAGAAGAAUCCAGUACACCACAGAACAUUCAAUCAGUUGCUCAGUUGGCUCAUGCUUUAAACAGUGAAAAACUGGGAGACAGCACGCUGGUUCGUAUAUUCUGGCCAAAAGACAAGUACAGACUUUUAAGAGAUGAUGUGGUGUUACUUGAUAGCCCGGGUGUAGACGUUUCACCAAAUCUUGAUGAUUGGAUUGAUAAACACUGCUUGGAUGCUGAUGUAUUUGUUCUAGUUGCUAAUGCUGAAUCUACCUUAAUGCUGACUGAAAAAAAUUUUUUCCACAAGGUCAGUGAGCGCUUGUCCAAACCAAACAUCUUUAUCCUUAAUAACCGGUGGGAUGCAUCCGCAUCUGAGCCAGAGUUCUUAGAAAAGGUGAGGAAACAACAUCUAGAUCGCACUGUAGCCUUUUUGGUUGAAGAGCUAAAAGUGUGUACAAAACAACAAGCAGAAGAUCGGGUAUUUUUUGUGUCUGCACGAGAGAUGGUUCAGACGAGGUUGAAAAUUCAGCAAGGGUUACCCCCUCAUACGGGAGCACUGGCUGAAGGAUUCCAAAAUCGCUGCUUUGAAUUUCAGGAUUUUGAAAGAAAAUUUGAGGAAUGCUUGUCAAAGUCUGCUGUGAAAACGAAAUUUGAACAGCACACCCAGCAAGGAAAAUCCAUUACCACGGCAUUGAGGCAAAUAAUGGAUACAGCAUUUGAGAAUUCUCAACUGACAAAAAAGGAAAAAUUAGAGUUGAGAAAAGAACAGAAAGACAGACUUGAGUUUACACAACAACAGCUCCACCUUUUGACAGAUGAAGUGAAACAUCAGAUUGGACAGUUAGUGGACAAAGUUGAGCAGCAAGUGGCCAAAGCUUUGAAUGAAGAAAUUCACAGGUUAAACGUUCUUGUUAAUGAAUUUGAGCGACCCUUCCAUCCAGAUAGUUUGGUUCUCAGUGUAUACAAAAAGGAACUACAUACCCAUGUGGAAGAAGGCUUAGGUAGUAACCUACGAGCUCGUUUAUCAAACACCGUAGCUAUGAAUGUUGAAAGUUCUCAGAAGGAAAUGAUAGCAAGGAUGUCAUCUCUGUUACCCCAGGAACACAGACAGCAGAUGACAAAUAUAAUGCCUCGGCACAAUUUUGAAGUUUUGUAUCGACUGAACUGUGACAGUUUGUGCUCUGACUUCCAAGAAGACUUAGAGUUUCGCUUCUCGUUGGGACUUAUAUCAUUAAUGAGACGUUUUCUUGGUCCAAAGCACACUAAACGGUCAUCAGAACUGAUCCCUCGUCCUGUUGGUAGCACUCCUCAGACACCUAGUAAUGAAGUAAAACACUUUAUUCAACCGUCAGCCGAUUACUUGGCCAUAAUUCAACGCAUAGCUCUUGUGUCACCAACAUCUCAGACAGCUGUGGGAACUUUGGCCAUUGGAGGAUUUCUUGUACGAACUGUGGGAUGGAAGGUCAUAGCUCUAACAGUUGGUAUCUAUGGUUUGUUAUAUCUCUAUGAGCGAUUAACAUGGACGAAUAAAGCCAAAGAAAGAUCUUUCAAGAAACAGUACGUCAACCAUGCUACUCGUAAGCUAAAACUGAUUGUUGACUUAACAAGUGCUAACUGCAGUCAUCAAGUCCAACAAGAACUUAGCAGCACAUUCGCUCGACUCUGUCAGUUGGUUGAUGAUGUUGUCAGUGACAUGCAAGGAGAAAUCAAGCGACUUGACACAGAAGUGGAGAACUUAGACGAAUGUUCGGCCACUGCUAGGAUUCUAAGAAACAAGGCAGGAUACCUACUGAGUGAGCUUGAGACUUUUAAUCAACAAUAUUUACAGUACGACCAGUGAACCCAUAAUAGGAUAUUGUCCUAACUAAUGGCAACUCCACAUUUGUGAUGUAAGAUGUGGGACUAGAAACAGCCAGGAAUUUUGAUGAUAGAGUUAAUAAUGAACUGUCUGAAUGCUGUGGUUAUAAAAAGUUAUUCACAUUAAAGAAAACUAUAUACGAUUCAACACUGUAAGUUAUUUAAAACAUUACCGUACUGAAUAGAAAUAUUUAGAAAGUGAAAAGAAUGAUCAAAUUAUUGAAUAAGUAUGUACAAUUUAAAAAAAAAAAAUCCCUUAUUAUUAUUAUUACUAGAGACAAUUAUCUGAUUGAUUUAUUUAAGACUAUGGAAAAGCUAAUGAAAUUUGUUUUUUACUCAAUUUAUCUGCUAUAUUUACUUUUCAAACAUAGAGAAUAAAAAUGUCUGUUGUAACUGCCCACUACAUGAAACUAUAAGAAGUGUCCACACUGUUAAUUUUCAUGUUUUCACUUUAACCUUUUACAUAAAACCUAUUGGAAAAUAUUAGAAUUUAUUGAAAUAUCUUACAUCAUCUGCUAUCUAACUUCUUGUCAUGUCCACAACUACUGUCUAACUUCUUGUCGUGUCCACAACUACUGUCUAACUUCUUGUCGUUUCCACGUCUACUGUCUUAACUUCUUGUCGUGUCCACGUCUACUGUCUAACUUCU